AUGGAACUGAGGCAACUUGAAUCGUUUCUGCACAAUCUUUUCCACUGGAUUACCAUACUGACGCUUCUGCUCACUGGCUCAGCACCGUUGCUACGAGCGGAUCCGGAAACGCAAAUAUUCCGGGUGGAUCCACUUGCGCUACUGUCUGGAACGUUGCGCACAUAUCAACGAGCCGGGUGUGAUCGAGAGCUUGUCACAUUAAGUUGUCCUCGCGGUACGAGCAUCUCUAUCGAAAUAGCUCAAUAUGGUCGGAGUGCUGAUGCGAAUGAUCGAAACCUUUGUCCUGCAAGCACGGAGGAUGCACUUGACAUCAGUAUACCCGGUACGGAAAUUGAGAUAAAAGCUCCAGAAAGCUGUACCUGGCCAAACGCCUUGCAGUAUUCGCUGCUGCAGACGGUCGUGGAAGCCUGCCAAAAGAAGCGCCACUGCAAGUUUCUCGCGUCACCGAAAACCUUCGGUGGCGAUCCGUGCCCGGGCCAGCGGAAGUUCGUCGAGGUGGCGUACAAGUGCCGACCGUACGAGUUCCGCAGUAAAAUAGCAUGCGAAAACGAUGUAAUUCAAUUAAUUUGCAACCCAUACUCCCGGAUUGCAAUCUACAGCGCCAACUACGGCCGGACGGAGUACGAAAGUCUUCAAUGCUCUCAACCGCAGGGCGUCAAGGAGGAAAACUGCCUCGCGUCGUAUGCCACGGAAACGGUCAUGCAAAAAUGUCACGGUCGGCGGAAAUGCACCCUGUCGGCGGACAGCACCACGUUCGGCAAGCCGUGCCGGCCCGAUUCGAGGAUGUAUUUAAAAGUUGUUUACACAUGCGUGCCUAGGAAGGUGCUGAAAGAUCGCUUCGAUUCGGCACCGGAACCGGACGAACCGCUGCAGAGCGACCUCGAGCAGGACCAGGACGAGCUGUACGACGAGGAUCAGUUUUUCCGCGAAUCGGAAGCGGUACCACCUGGACCGGCCCCGAAGCUGCAGGGCAGCCCAGCGAACGGUGGCCGAGUGUCGGAUGUGCCCGUUUUUGCCGGCGCUCCCAGCAGUACCGCCGUUGCACCGCCCCGCUCCGUCCAGGACAUCAUCGACGAGGGUGAUUUCCCUUUUGGAGAAAAUCAGGAGAAAUUCUAUCUCUACCUUAUCGUGGCGGUGACGGUGGCCAUACUGCUCUGCGUGUCGAUCGUGAUCGGCCGGUUGGUGGUGCAGAGGCGCCGAACGGGAGCACCGGAUGGAGACGAUAAAUUCCAGACCGCUAACAAGGGCGAAACGACGCUGCCGAACGGCUUCACCGACGACAUCUCGGAAAUCGAUGCCGAUAUCGACCUGCAGACGCCGCUCCCGGUGCCGAGCGUAUCGCGCAGUGAUAGCUACGGACACUACACACCUUCGCCGGGUCCGUACGGAAACCUUGGCCCGUCGAACAUUUCCCACACGUCCACGACGAUGCUCGUACCGCCCUGCUCGAUGGGGGCCAUCAUGAGCACCUCGCAGCCACCGGGCUACCUGAGCGGCCCGAUCAACAUCAUGCCUUCGCAGCUGGGCUCCAGCAUAGGUGCCAUUCGGACGCCGCUUGCUGCCAUGACGACGCUACCGAGGCCACACCAGGCAACGCAACAGCUGCCGCCCGGGUUUCUCAGCGGUGGCUCCGUCAUCGGGACGCAAACGCUGCGCCGGUUAUCGAGCGACCACGACGGCAACACGCCCCGCAGUCUCAGUAGAGGAGCGACCAACGCGCAGUACUACUACGGAUGA